AUGCUGGUUUGCUCUGGACCGCACAACAGGCAACCUCAUCCGAGUUGGGCGGAUGUACCACUUGGCGAGGCAGUGCUACUUAGUAGUGUAGAGCGAACAGACAAUAGUGAUGGAAUCGAGGAAGUCAUGGAUCAGUUGUGUCGCAUGAUCGUUCUCGAUGUCCUAACGAACAAAGAGACCAUCCAAGGGGCAGACUCUCGUGGAGAGAAGAAGCUUACACUGAAAAGGGAGGCAGGUCCGUUUACAAACAAGAAAGUAGUACGGGAUGUUCUUCAAGCAACUGCGACGGAACGCUUUUUUCCAACAACCAUUGAAGUUGACCUGGACAUACACGACCACGACGUCGAUGAAGAUCAACGCAUUGCACGAUUUCGCAGAGAGUUCCCGGUGUUUGAAACCGGGCAGACUGAAUUGAGGUUGGGUGCAGACGUUCGUGUCGAGGUUCUUGUGAAGAUCGAUUGUGAAACGGAUUACUACGGGCAGCAAUGCGAAGUGUACUGCCUUCCCAUGCCCGAGCUUUGGGAUUGCAACCCGGUGAAUGGAGCCCGGAUUUGCAGCAAGCCAUGUGAACACGGGUCUUGCGUAUUAACAAACACUAGCGCCGUAUGUAUUUGUGCUGCCGGGUGGUCGGGGGAAUUUUGCAAAUUGCCGUCGGAAAGCAGCCUCAUCACAAGCAUGAUUCUUCCUGAGAUGCCAGUAAACCCCUCGUUACAGACUGUCGGUACACCGACAUUCAAUCUGGAAGACGGAUCCAACGGGGACAUAAUUCCUCCCAAAUUGUUCCUCGAAACAUCUUUACCUGUUGCAGAGUACGGUGAAACUGAAUUUGCGAAUGCGGGCGAAUCUGACGGUGUAUUUACAUAUGCGCCGAUUGUAUCACUUGGAAGAAUGAACUUUUCUGAGAUAGAGAACAGUAGUGAUGCUUCCCAAAAGUCGAACGAUUCCGUUAUGGCAAUCACAGCAGUCGCCUUUGGCGUGACUGGUGCUCAGCGACCGUUCCGUUUGCUCGUGGUAGUUACAUCAGUCGCGGUAACAGCCUGGAUAAUCCUUAUGAUCGUGAUUGGUGUCCUGUGCCACCGGCGACGAGGUAAAAAGUUUGGAUCCAGCCACCCUGGGUUCAUGUGGACAAACACCAACUAUGGGGUCACACCUGGAUCUUUACGCAAACCCUACGGGCCAACAUAUUCGAAAGCCAUUCAUGAGUACGAGAACACGAUAGGCAGUUACAGUCACGGGACACGAACGUCAUCAACAAUGUCGAGUUCACUCAGCAACACUUCACGCAAUACUUUGCCAAAAACACCGUGUGCCGGGUACCCACCUCCACCUGUGGUAACUGGGUCAAAAAUCAGAUUUGCCGCGACAAGGGUGUCAACUUCUCCUUUUGGUUACGACUCCUGCACUCGUCACACAAAGGGGAGACAAGAUUGGCCAGUAACUGAUGAUCAGUACGAGGAGUUGAGUAGCGACAUUGGGGAUUACUCGAUAUGGGAACAAGACGUAUCCUCCAAGACACCACUGACCAGUUUUCAGGGUAACAAAGCUACCAAGUAGUAGGCAAAAGUUCUUCUGCUGCAUUGGACCGAAUGUUUCCGAUAUCACAUAUUCGGUUGUGUCUUGGAAUUUGUGUACAUCUUACAUAUACUGUAUGACUCACAGACGCAAAUUCACCCACAUUCUUCUAGCUCUUUUAAGCGCCGUAGCUUCAUUGGCACAUUCUAUCAUAUCGAUUGCUGUAACUGAGCUUUGUUUACCAUAUAUUUGCUGUUGGCAUUAUUCGUUGCACAGAUUUCCAUUCGUCAUACAUCGAUUGCACUAUAUAUAUAUAUGCACAUGCUAA